AUGGCUUUCCUAUCAUUACUGUCACAGCAAUGGUGGCAAGAGCUUCAUGGAGUGACAAAGUUGACUCUUUUUCUUUAUACUCUUCUCUUACCUUUCUUAUUUCUAAGACUCCGAAAAUUAGGUGAAAAAGGCAAACUUAACUUGCCUCCAUCACCUCCAAAGUUGCCAAUAAUAGGCAACCUCCACCAGCUUGGUACACUACCUCACCGCUCUCUUCGAAUGCUAUCAAGUAAGUAUGGCCCUCUAAUGCUCUUGCACUUGGGCCAUGUUCCAACUCUUGUGGUUUCAUCUGCAGAGAUGGCUAGAGAAAUGAUGAAAACCCAUGAUAUUGCUUUCUCAAAUAGACCAAAAACCACAGCUGCCAAUAUCUUUUUUUAUGGAUGUAUAGAUGUGGGAUUUGCACCCUAUGGUGAUUACUGGAGACAUACGAAAAAAAUUGUUAUUCUUGAGCUUCUAAGCCUGAAAAAAGUGCAAUCGUUUCAGUUUGUAAGGGAAGAAGAAGUAACACUACUUGUCAAUCAGAUACAUGCAUGUCUCAGUAAAGGUCCAGUUAAUCUGAGUGACAUGUUGCUUGCUAUUUCCAACAAUAUUGCUUCAAGAUGUGUUCUGGGAAGUAAGUUUGGGGAAAAAGAUGGUAAGAGUACAUUUGGAGAGUUAUCAAAAAAGAUGAUGAUGCAGUUUACGGCUUUUAGUUUUGGAGAUUUCUUUCCUUCUUUGGGAUGGAUGGAUAAUUUAACAGGCUUGGUUGCAAGUUUGAAAGCAUCUUUAAGAGCGAUGGAUGCAUUAUUUGAUCAACUGAUUGAAGAGUAUAAGAUGCUGAACGUGGAUGAAGAUAAGAAAGACUUUAUGCAUAUUCUCCUCAAACUUCAAAAGGAGGGUAUGCUUGAAAUUGAGCUUACCAAGGAGAAUCUCAAAGCAGUCAUACUGGACAUGUUUGUGGCGGGAACUGAAACUACUGCAACAACACUAGAAUGGGCAAUGGCAGAACUCAUAAAAAAUCCGAGUAUGAUGAAGAAAGCCCAAGAAGAGGUAAGGAGAGUAGUGGGGAAGAAAUCAAAACUAGAUGAGACUGAUAUCACCCAUUUGCAGUACUUGAAAUGUAUCAUUAAAGAAACUUUGAGACUACAUGUACCGCUUCCACUUUUAGUUCCUCGUGAAACUUCAACCAAUGUAAAAUUGGGGGGUUAUGACAUUCCUUCGAAAGUGACAGUUUACGUAAAUGCAUGGGCAAUACAAAGGGACCCAAAACUAUGGGACCAGCCAGAAGAGUUUCUACCAGAGAGGUUCAACAAAAACCCAGUUGAUUUCAAAGGUCAUGACUUCCAUUUCAUCCCAUUUGGUAGUGGCAGAAGGGGUUGCCCAGGAAUAGCAUUUGGGAGUGCAGCAGCUGAAUAUGUGAUUGCUAAUCUUUUAUACCAUUUCAAUUGGAAGUUGCCUGGUGAUGAAGUUAUGAAGGACCUAGAUAUGAGCGAGGAAUAUGGAAUGACUGUUCAUAGGAGAUUUCCUCUUCUCCUAGUACCAGCUUUGUACUCUCCAAAUUAA